GUCUUGGUUAAAUCUUCUUACGAAUGACAUAAUAGCCAACAGUACAAUACAGUCCCGUCGAAGAAUGCAACCAGUGGCGUGGCAAUCCUCUGCCUCGAAAAUAGCAACGUCGGCAACAGCACCGCCCUAUGAGCGACACCAGCCACGUCACGCCAUCAGGAAAUUCAAACAGUCGACACACACACGCACACACGCUCACAGUCACACUCUGUACUCGCUCACCGAGAGCAAACGGCAUCUUUCUCCUCCAAGGUCACCCAGCCUGCUGUACCCCCACCAGAGUCCGCGGACACCCACCGACGCGCCUUUUUAAUCUCCUUCGAGGAUGGGUUCGGGAUGGUGGUUUUGGGUCAGGUUUCAAGAUCAGGACCUAUUUCCAUGGACUCCGAAGUGAAGCGCCAGCGUCGGUCGAGAGAUGCCACCCCCAGUCACCGGCCCCCCCGCCGUGCCCCCGCCCGACGGCGGCUGGGGCUGGGCCGUGGUGGUGGCGUCCUUCAUCUCCAUCGGCUUCUCGUACGCCUUCCCCAAAGCCAUCACCGUCUUCUUCAAGGAUAUCCAGAUCAUCUUCGGGGCCUCGUACAGCGAAAUCGCGUGGAUCUCUUCCAUCAUGCUCGCCGUCAUGUACGCCGCAGGUCCCGUCAGCAGCGUGCUCGUGAACACUUACGGCUGCAGACCCAUCGUCAUGGUGGGGGGCUGCCUGUGCGCCGUGGGCAUGACCCUGGCUUCGUUCUGCACCAGCGUGGUGCAGCUUUACCUCUGCAUUGGCGUGAUCGGCGGACUCGGCUUGGCGUUUAACCUGCAGCCAGCCCUCACCAUGAUUGGCAAAUACUUCUACAAGAAGCGUCCGAUCGCCAACGGGCUGGCCAUGGCCGGCAGCCCCGUGUUCCUCAGCUCCUUGGCCCCGCUCAACCAGUACCUGUUCAACCACUUCGGCUGGCGGGGGAGCUUCCUCAUCCUGGGCGGCCUGCUGCUCAACUGCUGCGUGGCCGGCUCGCUCAUGAGGCCCCUGGGACCGCCGCCCUCCAAGCUGAAAAAGGACCAAGUGGCCAGCGCCAAGGAAAGGCGGACGCCGUGGCAACUCCUCAACAAGUACCUGGACCUGUCGCUCUUUAAACACCGCGGCUUCCUCAUCUACCUAUCGGGCAACGUCAUCAUGUUCCUCGGCUUUUUCGCGCCCAUCGUCUUCCUGGCGGCUUACGCCAAAGACAUGGGGGUGGACGAGUAUUCCGCCGCUUUCCUCCUCUCCAUCCUGGCUUUCGUGGACAUGUUCGCGCGACCCUCCAUGGGCCUGCUGGCCAAUUCACGGCGGAUCAGGCCCAAGAUUCAGUAUUUCUUCAGCUUCGCCGUGCUGUACAACGGCGUGUGCCACAUCCUCUGCCCGCUGGCCAACUCCUACACCGGCCUCGUGGUGUACGCCAUCUUCUUCGGUUUUGCGUUCGGAAUGGUCAGCGCCGUGCUCUUCGAGAGUCUCAUGGACCUGGUCGGGGCGCCGCGGUUCUCCAGCGCGGUCGGACUCACCACCAUUGUGGAAUGCUGCCCGGUCCUCCUCGGGCCACCAAUAGCAGGGAAAUUGGUCGACGUCAGCAAAAAUUACAAGAUCAUGUAUUUCUGCUGCGGCGCCGUCGUGAUCUUGGCGAGCAUUUGGCUCUUCAUCGGCAACUUCAUCAACUACCGGCUCGUGGAGCGCGAGCGCAAACGCGAGCAGUACAAGCCCACCGGGUCGGAGGAUCCCGACGUGCCCCGGAAGCAGGCAGAGGCGGAGGUCAACGAGCCGGAUGAGGAGAAAGGAAGGGAACCUAUACAGCGGGAAACCAACAUGUAAGACUUUGUUUUUUGUGUUUGUUUUAUUUCCGAAGCUUUCUCACGCCAUCGGUGCGAACAAACCGAGGUUCAAGCCAAGAGAGAGUGCCUCGCGGUGUUCCGCCUGCAUCCUUUCAAGGUCCUCUGCAACUCCUCAAAAACUGUCAAAGGAACAAGUGUACAGAACAAUGCAUAAAGACUCAUCGGAUUCACUGUUAACUCCAAAUGUUCCACAUUGUCACAAGCACUCACAAAAAGUGGAAAAAAAUCAACACAUUUAGCGUGGAAAAAGCCAGAAUGUUGCAAUCAAUGUCCUAGAAUUGAAUCAAAAUGUGGCAAUAGUGCAUUGCUACUUUUUAUGGACCGAACCAGCUCCCCAAAGGUCCAGUGUUAAAUAAAUGAGGAAGUUGCUCGCCUCUCAACGCACGGAUGACCAUUGAAGCUCUAAAACGGCUCCGACUGGUUGACCGUGACGACAUCAUUUAUGCAAGGCAGUCAGCCCUGAGUAUGUCGCCGAGCAGGAAAUGCAAUGCAAAAGCUCCUCAUUGCAAAAUACGACUGUUUCCCUUGACCCCCCCCCCCCCAGUGCCCUCUAGAGACCCAUCGGGCAAAACAAUCUGCGGCAUAACAAUCCACUCCUACUGUACGAGCUGCACUUAUUCCUCCAACAAAAAUAAUCGGAAUAAUCUUGACUUCACCUCACGUAAGACUGAAUGUAUUCUCCUUUGCGGGCCUUAAUAAUGAGAUAAUAAUGACUUGCGUAACUUUGAAUAAUAUACAUUGACACUGGUCACUUCAUUAGGUACACUGAAGAGGUCCGGUAACUAAGAAUUGUGAUUGUUUUCCCACAGAACUUGAAUGAUAUCAUGUUUAUUUUCUCCUUUUGCCUCAUGAGCAGAUUUUAUUUGGGUCGCCGUUGGGGCUGAACGAUUUAGGAAGAAAUUUGAAGCUUUUAUUUUUAUUUUUUUUUUCCACUCAAUAUUGCAACGGUGAUUUAAUAUGCGAAUAUUUUUAAUUCAAUGGGGGGUAACAUUUCGUCUGUCUUCUGAUUCAUGCUUGAAAUCGGACAAUGCAACAUCUGGAAUAUGUCAACGGUCAAAUUGCAGCCUUUGCAAUUAGAAUCUUUCAUCAUAUCGCAAUUAUAUUGCAAUUGUAAAUUUAUCGUUUAGUCCUAGUAGACAUUGCCUUAAUUGUAACGGAAGGAAUAAUCCUGGAAGUAGUGGAAAGUUAGUUACUGAAGUCAGCAACGCUUAUACGUGAAAUUAUUUUAUUUUGUCUUUGGUCCUACAAAAAAAAAAAACAUUUGUGCUGUUGGUGCAUUUCUCUCCAAAGCCAGUCGUGCUGUUGACCAAAACCGUCCACGUUGUCACGUCGUUUUCCAAAGCAUUUUCUUUCCAAAUAAUAAUAUUCCUCAUGAAAGUUGGCCAAGUAUGUCAACGUCAAAAAAAAAAACAGCUGCUACACAUUUAUGAGUUUCUAGUUCAAUGGAGCACUUUAUUUCAUUGCGUUCCACCUGAGAUUCUCCCCCGGAAACGGAGCCAGUUGAAAAUCGACGAUUGUCUAAUUUUUACAGCGCGAUUUUUUUUUUUCGACGUUAGCAAAGUCCACCGUCACUGUGCUUUGAAUGACUUUGAAUGUUUUCUCGUUGAAUCGAUUGAAAAAAAAUCACUAUGCAAACUCCCUUUUGUCCCUGCUGAUUUUCAAGGAGCGAGGGGGUGGGGAAAUAAGCCGGGCUGUCACAUUUUAAUGGUGAAACACCGCCCCCUGCUGUUCGCAUCAGGUUAAUCAGGCUGUGUGCUCGCUCCUGUUGAGAAUCGUUCGAAGCUGUGAUGCGCUUGAAAACAUGUCGCUGCUGGAGACGGGACGUUCUCCUCUUUUAUUCCAUGUUGUACAAAGGCAAACAUGUCUUUGUUUUCGAGCCGGCAUAUUUAUUCACUGAACAAAAAAAAAAAAAAAAAUGUUAGACUAUGUUAACUAGAAGCAGACUUAAAAUCUAUCUGCUGUGUAUUUUUUUAAUUUAUUUUUUUGGGGCUUGUUUGUUUGGUUUGAAUUAGCAGGGUCAAAAAAAAAAAAAAAAAGAAACUUGGCGGAUGAUUUUGAACAAACACGGUUUUGCUACUGGGAGGUUUUCAAGUGACUCUCUGGUGCCUUAUUAUAUUAUAUCAUCAUCAUUAACAUACACUUGCGUUGUUCAAACACGCGUGCGUUUCGGAGUCGGCUUCUUGUUUGAGUUUCCGUCAGUAAAUAGCCGACGCUGAAGGCUUUGCAAAUUGUCUUGUUGAUGUUUGACCUGUAGCAGACAAAUUUAAGCUCAACCUGAUGUCAUUUCUGGAUGGCUUCACUACCUCUGCAGACGUCCUUUCGCGCUGAGGACAAACAAUACAGCAGGGGGUGUCGAUACAAAUGAAGUUUUAUUUUAUUUUUUUCUGGUGUCUCCUUUUAGGUCAAUAAAGUAUAUUUCCAACCCCAAAA